CCUCUCGCACUCCCUCAACCCCAGAAGCUGCCAAGACUGGGACCACACAGAUGGCAACAGCACCCGCCUCCAUAACAGCUCUCAGUACUUCAGGCGUCUCUCCCUCUUCAGCUUUCCCUGUACUGAUUACUUCUACUAAUGCAAUAAGUACCCCUUUUGGUACCAUCAUCUCCUCUUCAAUACCUGCAAUAACAAUAACAUCUCUGUCUUCUACUGGCCCAAGUUCAGGGGUCUCCCCAACAAGCAGCUCUUUUUCUACCUCCUCUCAAAUGUCCAGCACAGAAAACACAGGCCCUUCUGUCACUACCUUUCCUACUUUUUCAUCGACUGAAACGACCAGAACUUCCCCGACCGUGACUUCCCUAACAACCUCUCCUACCCGAACGACCACCGUGCUGACUCUGUCUUCCACCACCCCGUGUCCAGAGUCCGUAUCAGUUACAAUAGUGUCUGCCUCUCCCACGACACCAUGUAUCGAUGUGGGUCCAAAUCCUGAAGUUACCUCGAUGCCCACUGUCCCGUUAUCAGUUUUCACCUCUACUACUGAGAUGGCCACCUCUCCCAAUCCCACAACCAUGACAACUCUGUUCCCUGUAAAACCGGACACUUCUACUUCCAUUCUGGACACUCACCCCACCAACCAGACUGCUGCUCCUAGUUCUAUCAGCCCUGGGACCACUCCCAUUAGCACGGUUUUCCCGAGCACACAAAGAUCCACCACUGGGACCUGGAUCAGCACCAACUUUGUAACUACCCCACACGUAACGGGCUUCACGAGCCUCCCACUGACCACGAAACCGAGUAGCAGCUCUUCAUCUUCCGUGGUGACUACAAGCAAGUUGACAACCCCCAGCCCACCCAUCAGCAGUGCUUCGGGGAUACCAGCGGGCACCACCACGACGCUCUCCACCGUUACGUCAUCCAAGACAACUUCAACCACAACCCAGACGACCACACAGUCCAGGGAGACCACCACCCCAGGCCCUUGUAAAAAUGGUGGCACCUGGACGCAGGGCCGCUGCUCCUGCCCUAGCGCUUUCCAUGGCCCUGAAUGCGAGUUUGCUGCGGAAGAGUUAAAUAUGGGUUUUGGGGACUAG